AUGCUGAGAGGGCUGCUACAGAGCCAGUGCGCGCUGUGCCGAUGCUUUGAGUGGUAUAAAAUACUGCUAAACUGUGCAAGAUCCCGAGUAUCCCACUAUCGCCUGUUUCCUAAGUCACUGGGUCAGGUCAUCUCUAAGUUCUCUGUGCGGGAGCUGCACAUCUCCUUCACUCAGGGAUACUGGAGGACCAUGCAGUGGGGUCAGCCCUUCCUGCCCGCACCUCCUGGGGCUGAGCUCUGGGUCUGGUUUCAGGACACUGUCACAGAUGUGGACAGCACGUGGAGAGAGCUGACCAAUGUUUUAUCUGGGAUCUUCUGUGCAUCUCUGAACUUCAUCGACUCCACAAACACGGUCCAACCCAGUGCUUCCUUCAAACCUCUGGGAAUUGGAAAUGUGACAGACCACAGUUUCCUUCGCUACGCCAUCCUCCCACGAGAAAUAGUUUGCACUGAAAAUCUCACCCCCUGGAAGAAACUGCUGCCAUGUGGUUCCAAGGCUGGUCUGGCGGUCCUGAUGAAGUCGGAGAAGCUUUUCCACAGCAGUUUCCACUCACAGGCAGUGCACAUCCGGCCCGUGUGCGGAGACUCAGAGUGUAAAGCCGUGUCCUGGGAGCUCAGACAGACGCUGGAUGUGGUGUUCGACCUACACACCUCUGGACAGGGCAAGAGAGAGUGGUCCUUGUUUAAGAUGUUUGCUCGGACGCUGACAGACUCCUGCCCUCUGGCCUCUUCCAGCAAAAUAUACGUCGAUGUCACUGAUAAUCCUGAGGGAGAGCACUUUGACUUGACUCCGAGCACUCCUCUGCUGAGCCAGGCUGUGGUGCUCGGAGACAGACGCACUUUCUCAGUCUAUGACUUGACCCAAGCCUCCACUUUUGGUUCCAUGAGGACGUUUAACCUGCAGAUUAAAUGGAAAAGUUCAGGGGGGGACAUGUUGCGGCCUCUGCUUCACGCAGAGCGGUACGUGGCAGGAUACGGGCUGCAGACGGGCGAGAUCCAUACGCUCAUGUACAACCAGCACCCGUACCGCUCCUUUCCCCUGCUGCUGCUGGAGUCUGUGCCGUGGUACCUACGCCUCUACAUCCACACACUGACCGUGACCAGCAAGGGCAAGGACAACAAGCCCAGUUACAUCCACUACCAGCCGUCAAAAGACCGAGUCCGCCCUCACCUGCUGGAGAUGCUGCUCCAGCUGCCCCCAAACUCGGUCACUGAGGUCACGGUACAGUUCGAGAGAGCACUGCUCAAAUGGACGGAGUACACGCCCGACCCAAACCACGGGUUCUACGUUGGGUAUGAAAUUUAA